AGGGUGAACGUGACUGAGGCUUUAAGAAAGACUAGUCGGCGCGGGGAUGGCCGCGGCGGGCAGCAUGGGUGUCGCGGCCCUCUUCUUGCGCAGGGCGGUAGCGGCGCGUGCCUCCCGGGCUCUGGUGGCUUUCGCCACGAGCCGGCGCCUGCUGCGCACUAGUCCGCCGAGCCGAGCUUUCGCCAAGGAGCUCUUCCUGGGCAAAAUCGAGAAGAAAGAAGUUUUCCCGUUUCCAGAAGUUAGCCAAGAUGAACUUAAUGAAAUCAAUCAGUUUGUGGGACCUGUAGAAAAAUUCUUCACUGAAGAGGUGGACUCUGAGAGAAUUGACCGGGAGGGAAAAAUCCCAAAAGAAACGUUAGAGAAAUUGAAGAGCCUGGGGCUUUUUGGGCUGCAAGUCCCAGAAGAAUAUGGUGGCCUGGGCCUCUCCAACACCAUGUACGCACGUCUAGGAGAAAUUGUCGGCCUAGAUGCCUCGAUCGCUGUGACCCUGGCAGCACACCAGGCUAUUGGCCUCAAGGGGAUCAUCUUGGCUGGCACCAAGGAGCAGAAGGCCAAAUACCUGCCCAAACUGGCAUCGGGGGAGCACAUCGCUGCCUUCUGUCUGACGGAGCCAAGCAGUGGGAGUGACGCGGCCUCCAUCAAGUCCAGGGCCACGCUGAGUGAGGAUAAGAAGCACUACAUCCUCAAUGGCUCCAAGGUCUGGAUCACCAAUGGAGGACUGGCCAAUAUUUUUACUGUGUUUGCAAAGACAGAGGUGGUUGAUUCCGACAGCUCAGUAAAAGACAAGAUCACAGCAUUCAUAGUAGAGAGAGCCUUCGGUGGAGUCACUAACGGGAAGCCUGAGGAUAAGUUAGGCAUACGCGGCUCCAACACUUGUGAGGUGCAUUUUGAAAACACCAAGGUGCCCAUCGAAAAUGUUCUUGGAGAAGUCGGAGGCGGGUUUAAGGUAGCCAUGAACAUCCUCAACAGUGGGCGGUUCAGCAUGGGCAGCACUGUGGCCGGGAUGCUCAAGAAAUUGAUUGAAAUGACUGCUGCAUAUGCCUGCACGAGGAAACAGUUCAACAAGAACCUCAGUGAAUUCGGACUAAUUCAGGAGAAGUUUGCCCUCAUGGCUCAGAAAGCUUAUGUAAUGGAAAGCAUGGCCUACCUCACUGCGGGCAUGCUGGACCAACCAGGGUUUCCUGACUGCUCCAUCGAGGCUGCCAUGGUGAAGGUGUUCAGCUCAGAGGGUGCCUGGCAGUGUGUGAGCGAGGCACUGCAGAUCCUCGGGGGCUCAGGCUACGUGAAGGACUACCCGUACGAGCGCUUUCUGCGUGACAGCCGCAUCCUGCUCAUCUUCGAGGGAACCAACGAGAUUCUCCGGAUGUAUAUUGCACUGACAGGCCUACAGCAUGCCGGCCGCAUCCUGACUGCAAGGAUCAAAGAGCUUAAACGGGGCAACAUGACCACUAUCAUUGAGACCGUCGGCCAGAGGCUGCGAGACUCCCUGGGCCGAACCGUGGAUCUGGGGUUGACAGGGAAGCUGGGAGCGGUGCACCCCAGUGUCGCAGUGAGUGGGCACACGUGGCAUACCCCCCAUGUGGGUGCCCUCCUGAUGGAUAUCCCCUUCCAGAGGGCUGUGACCAGGGUGUUGGGGAGGAUGGCCCAGCCUGGUAGCAGAGCCCCUGGGCUCCAGAGCCCCAGCCAGGUGGGAUGGGCACUGUGGGGGAGGUGUCGCUCAGUGGUCUUUCCCCUGGCAUACUUAGGACAGUGCCAGCAAGCUCGAGGAGAACGUGUAUUACUUUGGCCGCACUGUGGAGACACUGCUACUCCGCUUUGGCAAGACCAUCAUGGAGGAGCAGAUGAUCCUGAAGCGGGUAGCCAACAUCCUUAUCAACCUAUACGGCAUGACGGCCGUGCUGUCGAGGGCCAGCCGCUCGAUCCGAGUGGGGAUCCGAAAUCACGACCACGAGGUUCUGCUGGCCAACAUCUUCUGUGCAGAAGCUUACUACCAGAAUGUCUUCACCCUGUCCCAGCUGGACAAGUAUUCUCCAGAAAAUCUAGAUGAGCAGAUUAAGAAGGUGUCCCAGCAGAUCCUCGAGAAGCAAGCCUACGUCUGUGCCCACCCGCUGGAUAGGACAUCCUGAAGCAAAGGGACAGUGUUCCCUGCUGCCCCCAGACCAUGGCCCAUCGAUGGACAACUUUCUCCGGACAGUGGAGCCAUUUCUUCCCCCUGUACACCAGAGGGGCUUUCUCCUGGCCUGAGGGUGCCUCCUUAUGCUUUGUCCUGCAGGCACUGCUGCUUGACCUGGUCCCAGGUGCUGAAGAGACAGAAUGCAGUUGGUGACACCUGGGAUUUGAGGGGCUUCCGCUAGUUUAGGAGACGUCACAGUGGCAAUGGGCUCGUGUUGCUGCCUCUGUGGCAGGGACACGGAUAGCCACUUGCAGACUGUGCAUUCUCCAAGAAACAGUCUACAAACUGUGUACAUGGAACAGAUGCACUUAAUAACAAAAAAUAGAAAAUGCACAAGCUUGUGUUUACCCCUC